GCUAUCCACGCAGGCGCAGUGGACCGCACGCGCCCCCGUCGCCACCCGCCGCUUUCGCGGCCUGUGUUUAGGCGCCGUCGCCGCCGCUGCUGCCUGCUGAGAACCGCUUCCCGGCUCCAUGUUCCCGGCGUGGGGUUUGUACGGGGCGGCCCCUGGGGCUUACCCUCCCCCGCCCACCAUGAUGCCUCCGCCGCCAAUGACCGGGCCUCCUCCGGCGGUGCUGCCUAACGCCAUGCCGCCGCCGGCUCUGGGCAGCUACGCGGCUUCGUCGGCGGCUCCUGGCACCGCGACGGCCGCCGCCGGCACGUCCGGCUUCCUGAGCCUGCAGGAGCAGCACCUGGUCCAGCUGCAGCAGCUCCAGCAAAUGCACCAGAAGCAGCUGCAGUCGGUGUUGUUAGGCGGGCCUCCCCCGCCACCCGGCGGGCCUCCCCCGAGCCUGCCGCCGCCGCUGCCCAGCGCCGCUCCUGCUCCCGCCGCCGCUUCCUGGCAGCCGCCCUUGCCCCAAGGGCCGCCCCCAGCGCGCAGCUAUCCGAAGCCGUUCAAGCACCGCGAGCCCUCGCCGCCGCCUCUCCCGCGGGACGCGCUGCUCCACAAUGCCCAGAGGCCUCCUCUGGCUCUCGGAGAGGAUGUCAAGGAGCCGCCUCGCAUGGAUAUGGACAUGGACCUGUCCUCUCCGCCACAGUCACCUGCCCAGCCGUACAUGCCCCCAGGACCCUCCCUUGAGACGGACCCUUACAUGUCUCAGUCUCUGCCGCCACAGAACUCCUCGUCGCAGCCCUACCAGCCCCAUUCGAAGUUGCCGAAGGCAGCUCCACGCACCUUUUCGGAACACCCUCCUCCAGCCGUUUCUCAGCCUUACCAGUCCCAGGCUUACCCACCCACGCCCCAGACCUCAGCUUGCCAACCGGGCCAGCCCGUUACUCCAUCCGACUCGCGCUUUGCCCCAUCCCAGAUUCCUCAGCCUUCUCUUGAACCUCAGGAGUUAAGACAGGGCAGUGGUCCAGACAUAGAUAUUAGGUGUGAGCGACAGCAAGCCGCCCUGCACGCAGACCCCUCCACAAUGACCGCCCAGGAACAGCAGCAAUUUUGGUAUCAACAGCAUCUGCUUACUCUGCAGCAAAAGGCAAAAGCACAUGCACUGGGACAGCAGCUGCCAUCAGGUCUAGGAGUGGUAAAUGAUGCUCCUGAGCAGAGGCAAGAAGAAAGGGAAAUACCCAUUUCUGAUGUGCUUUCUGACCCCCCUUUGCUUUCUGAGCCCAAAUUACCGCAGCCCAAAGGUGAUGACCUUCCUUUGUCAUCUGUUGAGCCCAAGUUGAGCAUUGAACCACCAGAGGAUCCUGAGGAAAGUUUGAGAUUACAGCAGCUACAGGCGGCAGCCACACAAUGGCAACAGCAUCCACAGCAGCGAGUGGGUUUCCAGUAUCAGAGAAUAAUGCAGCAGCAUGCACAGUUGCAACAAAUUCUACAGCGCUACCAACAGAUCAUACAGUUGUCACACUUGCCAACAAUGUCUUUGGAUACGCAGCUACAGCAUUAUGAAGCACAGAACAAACAGUUCCAGCCACUUUACAAGGAGUGGGAACGUGAAUUUCAGCAGUGGCAGGAUCAAAUUCAGGCCUACCCUCACAAAGACCAACUUCAUGAGUGUGAGAAACAGUGGAAAAUGUGGCAGGGACAGAUGAAAGUCACUUACACCCACCUUCAGGAGAAAGUGAAGUCUCUUCGGAACAUGAGCAGUCAGUAUCCUGGGAGUGUAACUUUGCCGCCUGCAUUUCCUGCAUAUUCUCAAACAGUACAAAGUGGUAUGUCCGUUGGGCAGCCUCCUUUGCCCUCAGCUGCACUGCCUCCACCUUCCACUGGAUUCUCUUCUGGCCCACAAAAGUCUGAAAUGCCUAUUUCAAAAGAAUCUGGUCCUCAGAGCACCCAGAGCACUGAAACACCGAGGCCAAAUUUGUACCCUACUCCUAGUUCUUUUAAAGUUACCGAGUCACUUCCCACUACCCAAAGUACAGAAAUGCCCAGGCCAGGUCUCCUUCCUACUCCUACCGCAGCUUCUUUUUCAUUUAAGGUAACUGAGUCUUCUACCACCUCACAGGCCUCAGAGACAACCAGGCCACCUCCAUUUCCUUCUCCUGCCUCUUUCUCAUUUAAAGAGUCGCUUCCCACUCCCCAGACUACGGAGAUGGCCAAGCAAGGUCUGCUUCCUACCCCUACCGCUGCUUCUUUUUCAUUUAAAGCAACUGAGUCUCCUGCCACGUCCCAGAACAUGGAGGCAACCAGGCCACCUCUGCUUCCCACCCCUGCUUUCCCUUUUAAAGGUAAUGAUACACCCGUCAUCACCCCGGCCAUGGAUACUGUCAGGCCAGGCCUGCUUCCCACCCCUUCUUCUGCUUCUUCCUUUUCAUUUAAGGCCACGGUUUCUCCUGCCAUGACCCACGCUACAAUGGAUGCAACCAGGCCACCUCUUCUUCCCACCCCUGCUUCCUUUUCUUUUAAAACUACUGAUACAUCUGCCACCCAGAAUUACCACUCAAAUGUGACAUCAUCUGCUAGCACUUCAGACCCAGGCAGUUCUUUUGCGCCUCUGGGCAAACAGGCAAUGCCAUUUGGUUCUGUUUCAUCAGAACUAACUUCUGCUGAAGUAAAACCUCACUCUACAGUGUCCUUCUCAUCUGCAUCCACCACCAGCACCACUACUACCUAUCAGAGCAGACCAGGGAGGUCAGCCGGGUUUCCUGAUUCUGCCAGGGGACAGCACCAUGAAGGUCCAAGGGUGUCAAGAUUUGAUGCACCACGAGGAAGAGACUUCGAUAAAUUUGAACCUGCAAGACAGCAAGGACCUCAUUUUCAAGGGCAACGUUUCGAUGGUCCAAGGCCAAGAUUUCAAAAUCAGCUUGUCGAUGGAUCUUCAGGCAAACAGGGGACAAUCCCCCGGGGCCCAGCAGCAGCAUUUUAUACUUCCUCAGGCACUUCACAAAUGCAGGCUUCCCAAGCAAGUGGACCACGGUGGCGGGGGCCUAGGCCUCCUUUGGGACAACAGAACCAUCAGACAGAACAUAAGGAAUCUUUUACUGAUAUGAGCAAUAAUCAGACAGUGGCAAAUAAAUCUAAACCUAGACCAGAUACAAAGGUUACUAGUUCUGUUCAGCCAGGUACAGUCAUGUCUAAAGCACAGCAAAAUUCAUCCAGAAAAGAGGGCAGAGAAACAAUGUCAGAAACAAAGAAACCAAGCUCUGCGGAGGCUGAACUGCAAACAGAAGAAUCAAAAAAACCUCUUACUUCGGGUGUUCUCCAUCAGACACCAGGUUCCACUGUUCCAGGGGGGAAGAAAAUGUUACUACCAGCGCCAAUGGGAAAUAAAGAGUUGAAUUCUGCAGAAAACAAACUGACUUCUUCUGAAAAUAAUCAGAGCAAAGAGCCAUCUAAACUGGAAAGCCGGGAGAGGGGACAAAUCAAGCUGGGAGAUAACCAGGCCAAAGGGCCAGCAGGCAGGGGCAGGGGCCAGGGUAGAAUGGAAGACAAUAGAGGUAGGGGCCGAGGCCGAUUUGAUGAUGCCAGAGGAAGGGGAGUACCAAACAGAGGUAGAGGUCUGACCAGAGAUAUGGGUGGCAGGGAUCUAAACAGUGGGCCAGGAACCCACAACAGGAUGCCAGAGGGCCAGUUGGGCAGUUGGGAAUCUGGGGUGGGUGGACAGUCGAGCAACCAGGAAGGGGCAUUGGAAAGGCAAUCGAGAAGCCAAGACAGAGGGUUACCAGCUAGAGACAGGGAACCAGCUCCCCAGAUGGGCAGCAGAGAGAGAGGCCAUGCAGAUUGCCGGGAAAAGGGCUUAGGCAGGCCACCCAGUAGUCAGGAAAGGGGACUGGACCGGCUGGCUGGUAACCGUGAAAGGGGACCAGGACGGCGACCUAGUAGCCGGGAGAGGGAUAUGCACAGACGUGACACAGGCCUUGGAGGUGGUAUGGAUAACUUGCCUCCAUUUCGUGAAGAACCACCCAGGCCUCCAUGGUCUUACGGAGAGGCAGGCAUGGAAGAGGAGCGCUCAUUUGAAUACCAAGAUAUUCCUCCUCUAGAGCGCAGACGAUUGGAGGAUUGGGAAAGAGACAGAUACUGGGUUGAGCGCGACCAGCGAUACCAUGAUGAUCCUCUUGAUCCAUAUGAGAGAGAUGACUUGUCAGCACACCGUCAUCCAUUGCCACCUCUUUCACCUCUUCCCCCUCUACCUCCUUUACCUCCAAUAUCUGCUGAUCUUGAUAGACGAGAACCAUAUUGGGAUGAGUGGGAAAGGCCAUUGGGGAGAGAGAGAGAGCUAGACAGAGAUCUGGACAGGGUCCGAAGACCCUUGGAUAUGUAUGAUCGUGAUUCAGAAAGAGACUGGGACAGAGAUUACCUUAGACCACUGGGCGACAGAGAUACGCUUGGUGAUCUGGACAUACCUCCUCUCCCACCUUUGCCACCCCUUCCUCCGCUUCCUCCUUUAGACAGAUACCGUGAGGAGCGAUGGCUGGAGGAGAGAGAGAGGGAUUUCUACGACAGAGAUUCCAGAGACCGGGGGGAGCUCAGAAUUCGAGAGUAUCCAGAGAGACAUGACACAUGGAGGGAACCAUCUGAUUUCCCACCCGACAGGGGUGAUUGGGAAAGGGAAAGAUUUUCAGAUAGGUGGUAUUCAGAUGAAAUCGACAGGUUCCCACGUUUAGAUGAUCGUCUGGAUCCACCACCUCUGCCACCACGCUCAUCUGAAUUGCUGGGAGACGAGCCAAAUUUAGCCUCUGAGCCGUCGUUGGGAGGUGUAAUGGUCCUUAGUCAAAGGCAACAUGAAAUAAUCCUGAAGGCUGCCCAAGAGCUAAAAAUGCUACGAGAACAGAAAGAACAUAUGAAGAAGAUGAAUGAAUUUGUUCCUGAACUGUCAACACAGGAAAUUCCUAGACCACAAAUUGCUAGGAAGGAUAACUUUCAGGCCUCUUCUGAAAUGCACGCUGAGAUACCAAUAGAGGAGCAAUCUAUUAAGCCUACGCCAGCUGUAAUAGUAAAGCCACCCGUCAUGUUUCGGAAAGCUGCCCCAACAGCCAAGCCAGGCGCUGCACUUGCAAAGCCAUCUGUCCCAGCAACAAAGGGCCCCCUCCCAUCGGUAAAAAUGCCUGGUCCACCAACAAAGCCAAGUACUCCAAUUCCCAUUUCAGCUGCAGCAGCCUCUCAAGGUCCAGCUGCUAUGGUCAAAUCAUCACCUGCCAUGAGCCAAGAACGUUGGGAUGAGGAUUCUUUCCAGGGACUUUGGGAUAGCAGUGAAGAUAAAGGGUUAAAAUCAGAGAAUGACUUACCUGCAUCAGAUCUUUCAUUACCUUCAUCGACAGUCGCAACUUCCUUUGGGUCAGGUAUAGCACAACUUUCCAAGCCACCAAUUAUUCAUCAGACUGUUGACUACGGGCAUGGACACGGCCAUGGGCAAGAUAUAACCAGUAGUAAAGGUGGACAAAUUCCUUAUGGGGAGCGUAUAACUCUGCGUCCAGAAGCUCCUCAUGAGAGGCAGCCCUUUUCAAAAGAACACCCAGGCCAACGGGAGCGAUAUCUCAAGGAAAGAGAUGCUUAUUUUGAGCGGCAAAAUAACGUCAAUAUUGAUCACAGAGACUUCAGGCGAGAGAGAGAGCCAUACAGGGACCGUAUUUCUGGAGAACAUGAACGGGAAAGAUUGGACAAAGAACGCUAUCAACGAGAUGACAGCAGGCCAUCUCCUUCAAGAGCUCAGUCCUAUCGUGACAAAGACCAUUCAAACUCAAGACGGGGAGGAUUUGAAAGACAAUCAUAUGACAGAAAACCUGACCGUCCACCUUAUGAUCAUGGGCCUCCGAUGUUUGGAGGUGAUCGCAGAAAUUACCCUGAAGAAAGAAUGCCCAUUUCUGCUCCAUCAUUACCCCGACAACCACCACCUGCCCCUCGUGUAGAGAGGAAACCAGAAUCUAAAAAUGUGGAUGAUAUACUGAAGCCACCUGGAAGGGAGAGUAGACCAGAGAGGAUUGUCAUUAUCAUGAGAGGAUUGCCAGGCAGUGGAAAGACUCAUGUUGCUAAGCUUAUCAGGGAUAAAGAAGUUGAAUGUGGAGGAGCUGCACCCAGAGUGCUCAGCCUGGACGACUAUUUUAUCACUGAAAUAGAGAAAGAAGAGAGAGACCCUGAUACAAAGAAAAGAGUUAAAAAGAAGAUUUUGGAGUAUGAAUAUGAAGCUGAUAUGGAAGAAAUCUAUCGUGCCAGCUUAUUCAAAACUUUCAAAAAGACUUUGGAUGAUGGGUUUUUCCCCUUUAUCAUCCUUGAUGCCAUUAAUGACAGAGUACGCCAUUUUGAGCAGUUCUGGAGUGCUGCAAAAACAAAAGGUUUUGAGGUCUACCUAGCUGAAAUUACUGCAGACAACCAAACUUGUUGCAAGAGAAAUGUCCAUGGACGCAAGCUCAAGGAGAUCAGUAAGAUGGCUGAUCAUUGGGAAACAGCACCCCGUCAUAUGAUACGUUUAGACAUUCGCUCUUUGCUGCAAGAUGCUGCUAUUGAAGAGGUGGAGAUGGAGGAUUUUGAUGCAAACAUUGAAGAUCAGAAAGACGAAAACAAAAAAGAUGCAGAGGAAGAAGAGAGUGAACUGGGUUACAUUCCGAAAAGCAAAUGGGAGAUGGAUACUUCUGAAGCAAAACUAGACAAAUUGGAUGGCUUGCGAACUGGUGCUAAGAGGAAGCGUGAUUGGGAAGCAAUUGCCAGCAGAAUGGAAGAUUAUCUUCAGCUUCCAGAUGAUUAUGAUACCCGUGCUUCUGAACCUGGAAAGAAGAGGGUAAGGUGGGCAGACCUUGAAGAAAAAAAGGAUGCAGACAGAAAGAGGGCCAUUGGUUUUGUGGUGGGACAAACGGAUUGGGAGAAAAUCACCGAUGAAAGUGGUCAUUUUGCUGAGAGAGCCCUCAAUCGCACAAAGUACAUCUGACGCAAUUUGUCAAGUAGAAUUUUUCUACCUACAAGGCAGUUUGCUUUGAUGAGAACUGAACACAGGGUGACGUGGAACUUGUCAUUCGCCCUCUGGAGAGUUGUGCGGUUCUUUUCUUUUGAAACUUCAUUUUUUUUGUGUUCUUCCCUAUUGCAUUCCUUGGAAUUCUACCUGGUGAUAUCCAGCACCCCCGAGUUAUAUGGAGCUUGCAUCUAAAUGUGAAAGGUUUUUGUGUUAAAAUUAGUAGUUCUAGCUUUUAUGCGUGCAGUAGAGUGGAAAGAUGAGGCCAUGGACAUUUCUUCUUCUGUACUGUCGCAGAAUGUCAGCAUUACAAUUGCAUUGUUGCUUUGUGGCUGUUGUUAUUUUUUACUGUACAAACUUUGUAGUUUAUUGUACUAGAAAACAGAACAAUAAACUUUCACUACGAACCUAGUGAA